AUGCCGUUGGUGAGAGCGGAGGUGAGGAAUGAGUAUGCUCUCGGAGCGCCGGAGUUGUACCGAGAGGUGAUGAACAAGGAAGAUCCCAAGGAGGUUCUUCAAGGAGUCGCCGUCGCUGGACUCGUCGGAGUCUUACGUCAGCUUGGGGACCUUGCUGAGUUCGCAGCAGAAAUAUUUCACAGCUUACAGGAGGAAGUCACAAGAACAUCUUCUCGAAGCCAUAAGUUGAUGGCUCGUGUUAAACGGAUUGAAACUUCACUUUCUCCGCUGGAGAAGGCUUUGCUGGCACAAAGGAGCCACUUGCAUUUUGCAUAUACUCUUGGUUCUAAUUGCCACCCAUACAUCCCGUGUGAACAAAAUCAUUUUAUAUACAGUGACAUGCCUCAAUUUAUUAUGGACUCGUAUGAAGAUAGCCGUGGCCCUCCUUGCUUGCACUUGCUAGAUAAGUUCGACCCUGCUGGCCCUGGAUCUUGCUUGAAAAGGUAUUCCGACCCAACUUUCUUUAGAAGAGCAUCAGAGGCAUCCGGUGACGCUAUUUGCUAUAAAACUUCAAAAGAUAAGAAGGGUCGUAAGAUUAAGAAAAGGUCAUGGACUAGAAGUCAAGGAGUAUCACGGGAUGCGUCAUUUGCUUAUAGCAGUGGCAGAAUACGGUUUACUCAAACGACCAUUGAUGGGCAUAGUUCAUCUUCUCAAACAGCCUCAACAUAUGAUGCUACACAAAGAUCGGAUUUGAACGAGCAAACAACUUCUACCUUGAAAAAUGCAUCAGACCACGCUGAAGGUUAUUUCCAUCCAACUAACUCUGUGAAACCAGAAGAACAAGAGUCUACAAAAUCCAUUUCUUCGCCGGUCAAGAAGCAAGAAAGUGAUUUCCUCGAUUACAAUUUCCUCGACGAAAAAAUUACAGAUGCGUAUGAUGAUAUUUGGAACUGUCCAUUUCGAGAGACAGCUGGUUUUAGUUCAUCUUCUGGAACUUGGAAUGAAAAAAAUAAAAAUAAUAAUAUUUAUGAUGAUAGAAGCAUGGAGCGAAAGACCCAGAACCGUGAAAAUGAUGGCAUGACGCCGAGCAACAUUCAUAUUAGGCAUGGAGAGUCAUUUUCCCCUGUCUUGAACCAUGAAUAUCUCGGUUCUAAAGCUGAUGAUAUAGAAAUCAGUAUGAAUAGCGAGCCUCGCAAUCAUGUUGUGCGGACAUCUGAAUCAGCUGAUGCCCCAGCUGAUGAUAUUGAAAGUGAAACUGAUCAAUUUAUGGAUGCUCUUAAUACCAUUGAGUCAGAGUGUGAAACUGAUACUGACUGCACAAAAAUGAAACUAGUGGAGCAUUAUCCUGAGCUGGAGGAUAAAGCACUAAAAGAGGAAGUAGGUGAGGUCGUACGACAUAAUCUAGAGUGCCAAUCUUCAAGUUCGAGGACUGACAUUUUGGCUGAAAGUUCCCUGAUCAAUGGUAUUUGUGAUAAUAGUCUCAUCUCACCAUCUCCAAAAUCCCAUCCCCCAACAAAGUUGGAGGCAGAUGAAUUUAAUUCAGUGUCCCUAGUCGACAUGGAUGUACAGUCAUCUGAAAUGGGUAGAGGGUCAUUACAUCCAGUUAGCCCACAGAGUGUUGAUUCUCAUGAGAAUGAAAGCAGUAAUGCUGGCAAUAUAUUAGAAUCUGUUUUAUGCACUGACAUGGAUGUACAGUCAUCUCAAAUGGGUAGAGGCUCAUUACAUCCAGGUAGCCUACAGAGUGUUGAUGCUCAUGAGAAUGAAAGCAGUAAUGCUGGCAAUAUAUUAGAAUCUGUUUCAUACACUGUAUCAUCUAACAUCAUGGAUGAUCUACCAGAGAUGGAGAUUUCCAACAACUCUCAGGAACAUGUUUCAGAAACUUCUAAUGUCAUGCCCGUCACAUUCUGGACUAAUGGUGGCUUGCUAGGACUCCAGCCAUCAAAACCACCGGAUUUCAGUAUGCUAAGUUCUCGUCAAGGUCUUGUGGUUGAGAAAGAAGGAAACAUUGGUUCAUCUACUCAACAUGUUAUCGACAGUGACAAAGCAGCUUCUCAAACCGAAAUCUUCAAACGUAUUGAAAAUAAUCCAAGUAUGGAUAGCUCCACAAGCCAUGAUAACCAAGGAAGCGGCCCAUCAGUUACGAAGACACUGUGGAAAAUACCGCCUGCUGAUUUGGACAUUAAAAGCGGGAAGUUAUGCGGCCCAAUUCAUCAGAACAAUAAUGCCGAUAUUAGAAUUGGAUCAACCGUAACUUCAUCUCAAAUGUUUGAACCAAGCAAUACGUGGCUAUCCACUGGAGCCAACAAUAAGCUACUGUUGGGCGAGAAUAGAAAGAACUCCCCUGCAAUCCAUCACAACACGAAUGCUUUUGAGCAGAAAAAUCGCCUACCUGUCGCAAAUCGUACAUUUUGUGGACAAAAUAAAGAACUCUUUUCCAGUAAAAGAUCCAUAAGUUCGCCUUCCUCAUCACCUCCCCUUGCGCACAUGAAAAUAUCUUUCCAGCCUAUAGACGGUUUCGAGACUUUGAAACUGAAAUUGAAAUUUCCCGAUGCAAGUGCCGAAAACGGCGGUAACACCUUUCCUUCAUUUCAAUUGGUCCCUGAGGUGUCCAUUUCUUGUCAAAAUUUCGGUUCAGAUUCGGAUGUCGACACAUUCUAUAGAUCGUCGCCAGCUUUAUCCGAUGAUUCUCUCAGCAAUCGUUGGUCGGAAUCGAAUUCUGAGAACUGGGAGUCAAGUGAAUCCCCAACAGAGAAGGACUGCAAUAUAUACGAUGCACUGCGCAGAAUAUCUGUGUCGACUGUGCUGGAUAAGAAGCAUGAAGAAUUUCCUUUCGUUGAGAAUGUGUUGGGAAAUACUGGGUGUUGUCAUUCUUUUGAUCAUCGGACUUUUGGGCCCAUAAACGACUCGUUGGGGAAGGAAUUGAAGAAUGAUGUUUUGAGUCCGAAAGGUGUUGUGGGCCCGCAGCAGUUUGUGGUUAUGCCUGCUCCUCCGCCACCGCCUCCUGUUCAGUGGGAAAAGUCCGAGGAAAGCGCUAAUGGCUCUCAUUAUGAAUUCGGUCAUUCCCAUCUAGCAAAUACUGUUUCUCAGCGUAAACCUGCUCCGUUUAGUGAGGAUCCAACUGAUACCAUGCAUAUGAGGAAAAACAAGGCUGUUGCGAGUGACGGAGAUGAUGACGGGAAUUGGAGUGAGACUUGA